AUGAAGGAUACCAGCCCUCUUCACAAAAGCCCAGCCCUAAUCGUCUUCAUCGCCGUCCUCUCCGUCCUCCUCCUCAGUUCCCUGGGCUGGGCCGUCCUUUGUCUCUACCACCUCCUCUGCCCACCAAGCCGGCAGUCUGCCGCAGCCAUCACCACCAUUGCCACACCGCGAACCCCAGAUCUGGAGCGCAGCAUCAGCCACAAGUCACAGAGCUCAGGCGUCAGCUCGGUAUUCUCGCGGCCCCCGACGCCCGCUGUGGAUCAUGAUGACGACUACUACGGCGCGGCCUUCGAGAUGAGGGACUGGAGGUUUGCACGGCACUUGGCGCCGGGAUCCACGGGUACCGAUGCCGAGAGCGGUGGCAGGGAGAGCCGAGAUGGUGGCGGUGGUGAUAGCCCGAGACCCUCGAGCCGCCGCCCAUCACCGCCAGGUUGCUGCCACGGUCAGGGCGCUGCCUCCGUAUCCUACUCAUUUGAAGAGCCGGUGGGCAUAGCAGUGACUACGGGCUGCGCCGAUGUUGAGCACAUGCCACAUAAGAGGGAGCAGCAGCAACAACAUCAGGCCGCCGACAACGAUCCUGGCCCUGGUUCUGGGCACUGGUGGGCUGGCGAACCUUCCUGGCCGCUGCUGCGCCCUGGCGAGAUUCUCAUCACUGAACGCCCACCUGUCGCCGACGCCAUUGACGAUGAGGAGGAAAAGGAGGAGGAAGAAGAAGAGGAGAAAGCAGCUGGUCACUCAAAGGACCCAGGACAGGGUACUGCUGCUGCUGCUGCUGCUGCCACCACAAGCAGUCAUGAUUCCUCUAGUGAGCCAAUACCGACGUCCUCGCCAGGCCGCGAGGGAAGAGUAUCAUCUAGCACACAGCAGCCUCACCAUUCCACGGCACUGUCUCACCCGGGACAGGAUGCGCCUGUCGUUACAGACUGGGAGGAGAGCUCCGCGGGCGGGCUGACCCCGACGAGCUCCGAGGCGGGAUCGUUUGGCUCGGGGCCGCACGGCCAGACGAGGACGCUCGAGGGGCGUGCGUUGAGCCUGGGCUCGAUGGUGGUUGUUGCUGGUGGUGGUAUGAGGUUUGGGAGUGAUGGGGUGGCAAGGCGGCUGACUUGGUCGGGUUGA